AUGACUGAACGGGUGCUCACUAACCUCGGCCGCCUAGGCGUCGCCGUAGGGGUCUCAGGCCUCGUCGCCAAGUCUUGCCUGUACGAUGUUGACGGCGGCCAGCGCUGCAUCAUGUUCAACCGUUUCGGCGGGGUUUCCCCGCGGCCGGUGGGGGAGGGUCUGCACAUGUUUGUGCCGUGGCUGCAAGUGCCUUACAUUUACGACAUUCGGACUCAGCCGAAAGUAAUUACGACGACGACGGGGACUCGGGACUUGCAAAUGGUUUCGCUUUCUCUGCGGCUGCUCUACCGGCCCAACGAGGCGCGGCUGCCGGUGCUGCACCAGACGCUGGGCCCGGAGUUUGCAGAACGCGUUUUGCCUUCAAUAGGCAACGAAGUCCUCAAGGCUGUCGUCGCGCGCUACGACGCAGAGAGCCUGCUGACUCAGAGGGACCGCGUUUCCCAGGACAUUCGCGAGCAGAUCACGCACAGGGCCAAAAACUUCGACAUUGAACUCGACGAUGUCGCCAUUACCCACCUGAGUUACGGAAAAGAGUUCUCGAGGGCGAUCGAGGAGAAGCAGGUGGCGCAGCAGGAGAGCGAGCGGGUGAAGUUCGUGGUGGCGAUGACCGAACAAGAAAAGAAAGCUGCAGUGAUUCGCGCUGAGGGCGAAGCCGAAGCAGCUUCGCUGAUAUCUCGGGCCAUUAAAGAACACGGGGGGGGCCUUAUUGAAGUGCGGCGGCUGGACGCGGCGCGGGAAAUAGCGGAUGUUUUGGCCAAGUCCAAAAACGUCACCUACUUGCCCCAGGGGGUCAACAUGUUGCUGUCUCAGCCUUAA